AUGGCCUCCGAGGACCUGACGAGGGCGCUGGCGGCCGUGCUGGAGGGCAGGGGGCUGCAGGUGCAGAACUGGGAUUCGGGGCCCGCCGGUGGGAAGCCGCCGCCCCCGGCCCGGCUGCGUGCAAACGUGUCCUACGUGGUGCUGGCCGUGUUCCUCAACGAGAAGGAUGAAGUGCUCCUGAUUCAGGAGGCCAAGCGUGAGUGCCGGGGCUCCUGGUACCUGCCGGCGGGGAGGAUGGAGCCCGGGGAAACCAUUGUGGAAGCCCUGCGGCGGGAGGUGAAGGAGGAGGCCGGGCUGCAGUGCGAGCCAGUGACGCUGCUGGCCGUGGAAGAGCGGGGCCCCAGCUGGGUCCGCUUUGUGUUCCUGGCUCGCCCCACAGGUGGAAUUCUCAAAACUUCCAAGGAGGCAGACGCUGAGUCCCUGCAAGCUGGCUGGUUCCCACGCACCUCCCUGGCCACGCCACUACGUGCCCAUGACAUUGUGCACCUCCUAGAGCUGGGUGCCCAGUACCUCCAGCAAGCCUGGCACCCUCCCUUGCUGCCCCAGGAGCUUCCCUGCAGUGUGGUGUGCCAGCGGCUCAUAGCUGUCUUCAUCGGUGUCCAAACGCUGUGGGUGCUGGUGGGCACGGCGGGGACACCUCACCUGCCUGUCACUGCUUGUGACUUCACCCCCACGGAGCAGAGGGGUGGCCUCAAGGUGGCCGUCCUGCGGCUGCUCCAGGAGUGCCUGGCCCUGCACACCUUGACAGUGGAGCCCAAGGGCCUGCUGGGGCUGCAGCACCUGGGCAACGACGGCUCAGACGGCAUCUGCCUGGACGUGCUGGUGGCCGUGGCCUUCCACAAUGCGGGUGUCCGAGCCGAGGAGCCCCCGAAAGUUCGGGGUGAGAACUACGCUUGGUGGAAGGUGGCAGAUGAGGACCUGCAGAGCCAGCUCCGCCAGAGGCUGCGGGAUUGCUCGGUGGUGCCGUUGAACCGAUAGAAAGCCCGAAGCCAGCAUGGGCAGGAAGAGGAAGCAUGAGGGGGGCUCUGGCCUGCGCUUGCCUCCUGGCCC